AAUCAAUCCAUAGAACACCAAAUUGAGGUAGAAGUUAUUCAUGGGUGUUAACAUGGCAAAAUUUGAAAAGUUGUUGGUAGCUUUGUUCCUCUUUGCUGUUGCACCUUGCAUAGUCUUUGUGGAUGCCACCUUUUCCAAAAGCAUGUACAUCACUUGGGGUUCUCAACAUGCAUCAAUGCAGGGUGAAGACCUCCAACUUGUGUUGGAUCAAACCUCAGGAUCCGCAACUCAGACAAAGAAAGCAUUCUUAUUUGGAAGUAUUGAAUCACGAAUCAAGCUGAUACCUGGUAAUUCUGCGGGAGUAGUUACUGCUUAUUAUCUAUCCUCUACAGGAAGCCAACAUGAUGAGAUAGAUUUUGAGUUCUUGGGCAACAUUUCAGGACAACCAUACAUUGUCCAUACAAACAUAUAUACACAAGGAAAUGGAAGCAGGGAGCAACAAUUUUACCUCUGGUUUGACCCAACUACUGAUUUUCACAAUUACACCAUUCACUGGAACCCUACUGAAGUUGUGUGGUAUAUUGAUAGUAUACCAAUUAGGGUGUUCCGAAACUAUGAAAAUGAGGGCAUUGCAUACCCAAACAAGCAAGGAAUGAGGGUUUAUACCAGCCUGUGGAAUGCAGAUGAUUGGGCCACUAGAGGUGGGCUUGUAAAGACCAAUUGGAGUGGUGCACCAUUCAUAGCCAAAUUGAAUCAUUUUAGACCAAGGGCUUGCAAGUGGAAUGGAGCAGUGAGCAUCAACCAGUGUGCCUUAAAUAUCCCUUCCAAUUGGUGGACUUCUCCCACAUACAAGCAAUUGAGUUAUGCCCAGUUUGGCCAGUUGAAUUGGGUCAGAAACAAUUACUUGAUCUAUGAUUAUUGCAGAGAUACCAAAAGAUUCAAUGGACACAUGCCCCCUGAAUGUUUCAAAUCACAAUUCUAAACAUGAAGAAAGCUGAAACGUGUUUUUUUUCUUUUCAUUUAUUGCUUUUGUCUCAUUUGUUUGUGUUCCAAUCUCUGUGAUUUCAUUCUUGUUAACCAAUUGAGUUGAAUAAUAUAUACUGGUUUUGUGUAUUGUAA